UCUGUCGCCAUCUUGUUGGCCGCGUUUUGUUCAGAAAAUUCGUCGAAUUUUCUCGUGUUUCUAAUUAUUUUAGUGUUUUAUGUGUUGGUUCUAAAAUGUCCAAGCGUAGAAUAGAAGUACUGGAUCCUUUUAUUAAGAAAAAGAGGGAGGAGAAAGCAGCCGCCGCCGCGAAGGCUGGUGAGUCGAGCUCGGACAAAGCUGCGACCCUCGCCACCGCCAUGCCGCCCACCACUACAAGCACGCCUGGGUUCAACGCCUUCACUGGUCUGCCGCAUUCACAGCGCUACCACGAGUUGCUCCGCCGCCGGUUAGGGCUCCCGGUUUGGGAGUACAAGAAUGACUUCAUGAGACUCCUCAACACGCACCAGUGCGUCGUGCUCGUCGGCGAGACCGGCUCUGGCAAGACCACCCAGAUACCGCAGUGGUCGGUGGAGUUCGCAGCGGUCACAGCGGGGAAGUCCAAAGGAGUUGCGUGUACGCAGCCGAGGAGAGUGGCUGCCAUGUCGGUGGCACAGCGAGUCGCCGAAGAGAUGGAUGUCGCUUUAGGCCAGCAAGUGGGCUACAGCAUCCGUUUCGAGGACUGCUCGGGGCCCCAGACAGUAUUGAAAUACAUGACAGACGGUAUGUUGCUGCGGGAAGCCAUGUCCGACCCAAUGCUCGAACAAUACAGGGUCAUUCUCCUCGACGAGGCCCACGAAAGGACGUUGGCCACUGAUAUCCUCAUGGGAGUGUUAAAAGAGGUGAUAAAACAGCGGUCAGACUUGAAGCUGGUCAUCAUGUCAGCCACUUUGGACGCUGGCAAGUUCCAACAGUACUUUGACAAUGCUCCACUGAUGAAUGUGCCAGGGAGGACGCAUCCUGUCGAGAUCUUCUACACUCCGCAGCCGGAGAGGGAUUACUUGGAGGCGGCCAUCCGUACCGUGGUCCAGAUACACAUAUGCGAAGAGAUAUCCGGUGACAUUCUGCUGUUUUUGACUGGACAAGAGGAAAUCGAAGAUGCAUGCAAGAGGAUCAAAAGGGAGAUUGACAAUUUAGGCCCGGACGCCGGCGAGCUGAAGUGUAUACCGCUGUACUCCACGCUGCCUCCGAAUCUUCAGCAGAGGAUAUUCGAGCCGGCGCCCCCGAAUAGAGCCAACGGAGCGAUAGGCCGGAAGGUGGUGGUGUCGACCAACAUCGCUGAAACGUCGCUCACCAUCGACGGAGUCGUUUUCGUGAUAGACCCAGGAUUUGCUAAACAGAAGGUGUACAACCCUCGCAUACGCGUCGAGUCCCUGCUGGUGUCGCCCAUAAGCAAGGCGUCGGCGCAGCAGCGCGCCGGCCGGGCGGGCCGCACGCGGCCCGGCAAGUGCUUCCGGCUGUACACCGAGAAGGCUUACAAGAAUGAGAUGCAAGACAACACCUACCCGGAGAUCUUGAGAUCGAACUUAGGAUCUGUAGUUUUGCAGUUGAAAAAGCUGGGCAUCGAUGACCUGGUGCACUUUGACUUCAUGGACCCCCCAGCGCCGGAGACGCUGAUGAGGGCAUUGGAGCUGCUCAAUUAUCUCGCCGCGCUCGACGAUGACGGCAACCUGACGGACCUGGGCGCCGUGAUGGCGGAGUUCCCCCUCGACCCUCAGCUGGCCAAGAUGCUGAUCGCCAGCUGCAACCACAACUGCUCCAACGAGAUCCUCUCCAUCACUGCCAUGCUGUCAGUCCCACAAUGCUUCGUGCGUCCGAAUGAGGCGCGCAAGGCUGCGGACGAAGCGAAGAUGAGGUUCGCGCACAUCGAUGGAGAUCACCUCACGCUGCUCAACGUGUAUCACGCCUUCAAACAGAAUAUGGAAGAUCCUCAUUGGUGUUAUGACAACUUCAUCAACUACCGCUCGCUGAAGUCUGGAGACAACGUCAGACAACAACUCAGCAGGAUCAUGGACAGAUUUAACCUUAAAAGAACGAGCACGGAAUUUACGAGUAAAGACUACUAUAUAAACAUUAGGAAAGCUCUCGUCAACGGAUUCUUCAUGCAGGUGGCGCACUUGGAGCGCACGGGGCACUAUCUGACUGUGAAGGACAACCAGGUGGUGCAGCUGCAUCCCUCCACGUGCCUCGACCACAAGCCCGAAUGGGUGAUCUACAACGAGUUUGUGCUUACCACCAAGAACUACAUACGCACGGUCACAGACAUCAAGCCGGAAUGGCUGCUUAAAAUAGCCCCACAGUACUAUGAGCUGAACAACUUCCCGCAAUGCGAGGCCCGGAGACAGCUGGAGCUGCUCCAAGCCAGGCUCGAGUCCAAGGCGUACCAGGAAGGGUUCUAGAACAUUCCAGAACCUUCUAGAAUAUUCCAGAAGAAUGAAAUUAGUGACAUUUAAGAAGUGGAGAUUUCUGUUACAGUGAAGUGUGACGUGUUUGUUGAUAUGCGUUGUUCGGGGUAAUUUAUACAUACAACAGAAAGCAUUCUCAAACUCAAAAAUAUCUUUUAUUCCUUAGGUAACAUGGUUACACUUUGAAUCGUCAGUUUUUACAUAACGAACGUCUCAUCCGCGUAAAACUACUGCAGCUCACAACCUGUAUAGCCGGGGAAAAGAAGCUGCGAGAAAAACCUCGGCACAGGGCCCUAGACGUUAUGAAGACCAGGAAUGCUCAAUCCUAUGACAAGCCGCCAUUGCUAGCCCAUUGAUGACGUAAGUGUUACCAUUCAAUUGGUAUCUCCAACAUUCCAAGGACAUAAAUUUUAUUAUUGAAAAUUAAGUAAAUUACUGACUUCUUCUUUGCGAGUCGAUGGCGAUCGAAACUAAUUUUUUGCUGACCAAUAAUUGGCCACGCUUACGGCAUUGUCAGUGGCUUCGUGAA